CCGGAAGUGUCUCGCGGCUGAGCACUCUGUCAUUUGGCCACGGUCGGUUCUGAGGAGAGGGACAGCAACGGCAAAGAAACGCAGGAACAAGUCAGUUGGAUAGAGAGAAGAAAAAAAAUACAGGAAUCCUUUAAACAAUGAAACCGACCGAAUAAGCCACUACAGUCAACUAGUAUUGAAUUCGUUUUAAACAUUUAAUUCAAUGACAUUAUUUUUAUUUUUAUACAAGCAAGGUUAGCGGCUCGCGAGAGAGAGCUGUGUCAUUGAGCAGGCAGGACACGUCAGGAGAGGAGAGAAAAGCUGGUUAGCCAUAACUAGCUACUAUAUGAACGAAAGCCAUAAAAGUACCAUAUCGCUUGUCAUAAACUUGAUUUUCACAAUUUUAUCAGACGCAUCGAGAUUGCCGGUUGACUACAGGACGGAUCGAGUCGUCGCCUGGAUCAAGGGUAACGUUAGCGACCAAAAGGACGUAAAGAUCACGGGAUAGCACAUAUUGUGUGGGGGAAAGCAAAUGGGGGAUUACGGGUUUGGAGUCUUAGUGCAAAACAACACUGGCAACAAGUCUGCAUUCCCAGUUAGAAUUCACCCACAUCUGCAACCUCCACAUCAUCAUCAGAAUGUGUCUCCAAGCCCUGCUGCUUUCAUAAACAAUACCACAUCUGGUAAUGGCAGUAGCAGUGGGUCGCCUUGGCUGUUUUCAGCCACAGCUGCCCACAGCAGCAUGCAAGAUGAAAUUCUUGGGUCUGAAAAGCCCAAAGCCCAGCAACAGGAAAUGCAAGAAAUGCAAGAAAAGCAGCAACUGUCCCCUGGCCACCAGGAGUCUGUAAUCAUAUCUGAGUUAGAGAAGGCGAGGUCCGAGGAGAACAAGGUGGAGGGCAGCCCCUCAGAGGGUAGCAAUGGAAAGGAGAAGCUGCGCCUCGAGUCCCCAGUACUGACAGGCUUCGACUACCAAGAGACAUCGGGUCUUGGGGCUCCGGUCCAGUCCAGUACCUCCUCGUCCCUGACCGGCUUCAACAACUGGUCAGCGGCUAUUUCCCAGACACCCUCCACCAUCAUCAACGAGGAUGUCAGCUUCUUCAACCCAGCUGCCUCUGCUAACAAUGGGGCCCUCCUGUUCCAGAAUUUCUCCCACCACACCAGCCCAGGCUUUGGGGGAAACUUCUCCCCCCAGAUUGGACCCAUCUCCCAGCACCAUCCCCCACAUCCACACUUUCAGCACCCACACAACCAACACCAACAACACCGCAGGUCCCCAGCCAGCCCCCACCCUCCUCCCUUCCCCCAUAGGAAUGCUCCGUUCAGCCAGUUGCCCCAUUUGUCCAAUAAUCUGAAUAAACCCCCGUCACCUUGGGGUAGCUACCAAAGCCCUGCUCCCUCUCCCUCCUCUACCUCCUGGAGUCCCGGCGGGGGCUAUGGUGGCUGGGGAGGCUCCCAGGGGCGUGAGUACCGUCGGGGCCUCAACGGAGGCAUGACCCCCCUGAACUCAAUCUCCCCACUGAAGAAAACCUUCCCCAACAACCACGUGCCGUCGCAGAAGUACUCCCGCACCAGCCCUGGGUUCAACCCCAAAUCCUGGAUGGACGAGAGUGUGAGCAGGAGUGACAACAUCUUCCCCUUCCAGGAGCGCACCAGAUCCUUUGAUGGCUUCAACAUGCAUUCCCUGGAGAACUCUCUCAUUGACAUCAUGAGGGCCGAGCAAGAUACCCUGAAAGGUCGCCUAGGAUUCACCCAUCCAGGGGGAGAUAGUCCUCUGCCCAUAAAUGGUCACUCUUCCCUGUUCCCCAUGGAGGAUGGUUUCCCUGACGAUGAGCGUGGUGAGCAGAGCCUGCCUGGCCUUGGCUCGCCCCACUGCUUCCCCCACCAGAAUGGGGAGCGUGUUGAGCGUUACUCCCGCAAGGUCUUUGUCGGUGGCCUCCCGCCAGAUAUUGAUGAAGAUGAAAUAACUGCAAGUUUCCGUCGCUUUGGACAUCUCUUUGUGGACUGGCCUCACAAGGCAGAGAGCAAAUCUUACUUUCCCCCGAAAGGUUAUGCCUUCCUGCUGUUCCAGGAUGAGAGCUCUGUGCAGGCCCUGAUUGAAGCCUGUAUUGAAGAGGACGGCAAGCUCUACCUGUGUGUGUCCAGCCCCACCAUCAAAGACAAGCCGGUCCAGAUCCGUCCCUGGAACCUGAACGACAGUGACUUUGUGAUGGACGGCUCCCAGCCUCUGGACCCCAGGAAGACCAUCUUUGUGGGUGGGGUGCCACGCCCUCUCCGUGCAGUGGAGCUGGCUAUGAUCAUGGACAGGCUGUAUGGAGGCGUGUGCUAUGCAGGCAUUGACACAGACCCGGAGCUCAAGUACCCCAAGGGAGCAGGGCGGGUCGCCUUCUCUAAUCAGCAGAGCUACAUUGCUGCUAUCAGCGCUCGUUUUGUCCAACUGCAGCAUGGAGAAAUCGAUAAACGGGUGGAAGUGAAGCCAUACGUCUUGGACGACCAGUUGUGUGAUGAGUGUCAGGGAACUCGGUGCGGGGGCAAGUUUGCCCCUUUCUUCUGCGCCAACGUCACCUGUCUCCAGUAUUACUGUGAAUACUGCUGGGCGGCCAUCCACUCACGCGCUGGUCGGGAGUUCCACAAGCCACUGGUCAAGGAGGGAGGGGACCGGCCUAGGCACAUCUCCUUCCGCUGGAACUGAGAGAGAGGCAGAGGGGGGAGUAGGAGUCGCAAAAUCAUUGUACAAAUAAAUGCACUUUUCUGUUGCUGGUUCCUUUUUAACUCUAAUUUGGGGGAAAAAAGUUUAAUUUUAAAUUAAUAUUUCUUUUAAAGAUGAGGAAAUAUGUUAAGAAAGGAAAAGAAAAUGUGUAUCCCAUGUGAAAUCCCAUUCUCUUGACUUUCUCCAGUUGCUUUUAUAUUUUAUUAGAAUAGAAUUUGAAAAGAUUAGGCUUUCAAUUGUCACCUUACUAUCCAAUUGGUGUGUCAUUGACCAUCAACUUCAAAGCAGUAUGUUCAGUUCAAAUGUUCAUCCAAUAGGCUCCAGAGCAGAAGUUCAUCCAAUAGGCUCCAGAGCAGAAGUUCAUCCAAUAGGCUCCAGAGCAGAAGUUCAUCCAAUAGGCUCCAGAGCAGAAGUUCAUCCAAUAGGCUCCAGAGCAGAUGUUAAUAGCAAAGGUGUUGCUAAAGAAGAGUGCACUUAUUUCUUUAUUUUAGAGUGCAUAAUAUAAAGUCUCAGUAGUUAACCAAAGCUUAAUCUCAAUUGGUUUGAAAAAGAAACAAGUACAGAAACGUGGAUUAUUUCCCAGAUCAGAUGUUUGAAUAUUUUUUUAUUUUUUUUUAGAGACCAUGCUAAUAUUUGAUGUUACUUGACAAGAUCCAUUUCACAACAGGCGUUCUGGUUUGAUCUCCAUUUUGACAUGCAAAAACUAAUACCUCAAGCUUAGCUGCUAAUGUGACGAAUAAGUUAAAGUAAGCUGGUAUCCCUCUUCCCUUAGGACCACAAUCAAAGGGAAACGGCGUCAGCAAAAAGACACAUUUUUAUAGACGCUGCUUUGUCACUUCUUUAUUUUUGUAAUCCGACCCAAGGUUGUACUAAGAAUGAACAGAGCAUUUUAUUGGGGAAUGUAUGGCGUUGGAGGUCCCUGAGACCCUCAGCGCUGGCCCGUAUAGAGAUAAGUGACCCCCCCCUCUGUGUCUGAGGCCAUGCUAGCUAGGAGAGGAGAGGCUAGUGCCUAGUUCUCAUCAGGGCUGCACGUGAGCAGAAAGCCCUGUUUUUCGUGUAUUAUUAUUGCGUUGGUGCAAAUCUCCCAAUCCUUUAUUCACAACCGUAUUCUGUUUUUAACCCCCCUCAAAAAGAGAAAUGAAUUACAAAAGUCAGGCUUGUCAUCAACACAUUUCCAUCUAGAGGAGGAUGCUGUUACUAGACCUGCAGACCUCUCUUCCUGUGCCAGCCCAGCUAACUCAGCCAGUGUUCUAAGCAUAAAUGAAGAUAGUCCAUGCGAUGUGCUCUACUACGUGCGUCCCACAAUGCAGUUCACUCACUCAAACAAGACUGCAAUAAAGAGGUUAUACCUAGAUGCUUUAGGGAACUGUGCAGUAGUGAGUAAUACAGUAUUUCAUUUAAGUUUUUCUGAGUUAAUUAUUAUUUUUCUUACGAAGACCAGAUGGACUACAUCAAACCAAAGAUUGGCCUUGAAUAGAUAACAGUGCAGUCAAAAUCCAGGAAAACACUAGUGAAAACAACUGGAUUUAUUCAGUUUACAGACACCCAGGAUUUUUCACCAGUCAAUCCCUUCAUUUCCAAAGGUCAAAAUGGAGACGUUUGUUGCUAGGCAGUUGUGUAACUUGAAUAGGUUUGCAACAGGUUUGGGGAAAUGAACACAAAAAGCUAAACAAAGGCUCACAUUUGGUUUGGUUAUUAUAGUCAUACAGUAUCUGAAUCCUACUAGCGUUUUAAUAUGUCAGGGAGGGAGUGCUGAAAUAGAAUUUAACACACUAGUGAAAACCGUAUCCUUGUGUUGGCUUGAUGGUGUUCUACUGCACCAGUUCUGCACCAUGACUAUCUUGCUGGUGUUCUACUGCACCAGUUCUGCACCAUGACUUUAGCUUGCUGGUGUUCUACUGCACCAGUUCUGCACCAUGACUUUAGCUUGCUGGUGUGGUGGAUAAACAUUUUAGGAGGUAAACACUUUUUGAAGAAUUUGCUGUUAAUGAGAGAAAAAAAGAUUAUUUUAUACAUGGCCUGCUGAUUUUUGGUACAGUGUUUUCUAGCUAAAUUAUUUUGUCAUGCACAUAUAAACAUUUUAUGCACUACUUUUCUAAAUAUUUUUUUUUUCUUCCCAACAGUCAUUUUAGGCACAUUUUUCACAAAUGGGGAAAACUCCUUUUUGCAAUACCUCAAUUUUUCACAUUGUGAAAGGUAGCUUUUGUACUUUUGUUACUGAGAGAUCUGCAUAUAUGGACACUUUUCAUUUAACGAAAAAAAUGUAGUGAUUUCGAUAUAUAUUAUUUUCAGUUAUGCUUUUUUCUACAUUUCAGUGCUGAGGAAUCUUCACAACCAAGUAGCGUACGUGCAUUGACGCGACUUCCGAAACGGCAGAGGAACGAUCAGUGUACUGCUUAAAGGUCUUAGAUCUUAUACACGAGAUGUUUCACAAAAAUCAGAUCUUAACAGCAUGGCGAGGACAAAGUUGUCAUUUAAAAUUUUAAUGUUAUUGUUUAAAAAAAAUGGCUAUCCUAGUUGGGGAAAAUGGUAACUUCUCUUUUUGGUUUCCUCACCAUAGCUGGAAUAUAACUAUUAUAAGGAUAAUGCAAAUUAUGGUUCAUGCUUCGGCUGAAUCUCGUAUCACAAGAAUGGAUGUUUGGUGUUUAGAUAUUUUAACAUUUGAAAAUAUAUAUUCUUGAACUUGCCAAUUAGCUCCUAUUGUAAUCCUUAGCAUGCAUGACGAAAAAAAGAUAAGUACAUGAAUUAGCUAUUGAAUUUGAUUGUUGUGGUUGUGCACCAGAUGUUUCUCAACUUUAAUUUGUUAAGGACACCCCACACCUCACUUCCCUCCCAUGUGUUAAUAUCUUUGCCUUCUCCAUACUCAGACCUCUGCAGGAUGCAAAGAAAAAAAGAUGAGAAAAUAAGAAAAAAAACUAACUCUAAAAUCUAUUUUAGCAGUGGAGGACUUGAGCAUCUUAUAGGACACUGUUGAAAAGACUUGUUAACUCAUCUCCACUGUCUGUUGAGGUAAUUCAACCUAGUUGGAGGAAGGGGAACAUUAAGACUUGAAUGUGGUAAAUGUUGCAAGUUAACUUCGAGUUGUUAUGUGCAAUACAUUUUAUUUUAUUUUUUACUUUUUUCCAGAUAGACUCUUUGCAAUGUAAUUCUUUAAUGCCAUUUUUAAUUGCAGACAUUUAAAGAAGACGUUAAUAUGUUUUUCAGUCAUUUUCUACUGUUAUUGUAAUCCUUUUCAUGCUGGUGUUUGUAAAAAAGAAAAAGAAAUCAAACUAUUUGUACUAAUAUAAAUAAUUGAAGUUAUUUUUAAAACAUUAAAAGGUUUUGUGCUCAUUUGUUUAUUUCAAGCUACUGUGAUUGCAUUGUAAUUAUUAGGUCAAUAAUGUAUUUAGCUGUUUAUUGGUAUAUUUUUAAUUGGAAUGUAUAAUUUUUAUAAUUUUGAUCAGAUUUUUGUUAUAUUUUUGAGGUGAAGCUUUUAAAGUGUCUAGUUUUUACUAAUUGCUAUAUUGUGCUCCACAAUAUAUGAUUAACAUUUUCUGAAGGAAAAUAAAUAUUUAAAUAUUUGUCUGUUAAUGAUGUUACUUAAUGGCAAAAUUUCAAUAGUUUUUAACUGUGUAUGGGAAGGUUGUUGUAUUUAUUAAUAGCAUUUUUUACUUAAGAUAUCACCUUAAUUUCUAUUGUCAUUUCACUUUAUAAGUUCCUAUUUUUGUAUUUUCCUUUCUAAUUAAGUUAUGUAAUACAAAAUGUCCAUAUUUCUAGGAGUUGGUCUGUAGCAGUGCUAGUGAAACGAAAAAUAAAAUUCUGUUAUUUAAUUGUUUGCAGCCAACUAUUUAUAACAGUGCAUCAUUUUGAAAUAUUUGUAAUGUGAAAUGUUGAAUGAAUAAAACUUAACUGUGAUAAGGCC